UGAUACUUCAGUUGACCUAAGGAUGUAACUGCAUGAAGCCACAAAGACAAUUUGGUUUGUUUCACUAUGGGUAAAUGUCUAUAAUACAAACUGAAUUACAUUUUUUGUCCAGCAGAAACAAGCAUGCUAGCGCAGAACAGUUCAGCUGUACAGUCUCUCCUGCUGUCCUGGUUACAGCACUACAUAAAUGAGACCUGGUACUUGCCUGCUUUACCUCUCCCUACUGCUGCUCAUCUAAGUGCAACACAGAUCAAAGGACAAAGCCAAGGGAUGAUCUACAUCUUACUGAUGGUGGGGCUCUUCAGUUUCUUCACCUUUGGAAUCAUGUUCAGCUACAUCCGCUCUAAAAAACUAGAGAACUCACAGGAUCCUUACCACCAGUACAUAGCCAAAGACUGGGCCAAAGUGAUGGCGCCUCCCUCCACUGCCAUCACCCAGGCUCUCAGAGGAGACAGACAGGAGGCUGUAGUUAUUGGAAACCCAACUGCACAGGAGCACCUGCCUGGAUGAGGAUCUGGAAAACCAGGACCCUCCAGGAACCGAUGCUUUUAGAACCAUUACGCAGCCAGGUUAAACACAAUAUUAAAUGAUUCUCCACAUACACUAGAGCAGAGCAUAAAAAUGUAUAGGUUCCACCGCACUACUUUACUGAAUGGAAUGACUAAUAUUGUCUUUACACUGCCACUAACUGACCAGUUUCUCUUUUGAAUGUUAAUCUAAUUUCU